UACGUACCAAGAAAGCUAGUUUCUCAUCUCCAAUACCAAUUCCUGAUAAAUACACACACAAAAACAAUAACUCCAAUAUCAAGAAACUACUAUUGUUAAAAAUCAGAGAUUUUCACUAAUGGCUAUAUUCGGGAAACUGACAAAGCUCAAGUCCGCCUUAAAGAAAUGGCCUUCCUUGACGAAGAACCACCAUUCAACCAUAUCUACAGCCGCACCAGAGGUCUCAAAGUGCGAGGAUCUCCAUGUGGUUUACGUCGGAAAGUCACGAAGACCUUACAUGCUUAGUUCCCACGUCAUCUCUCAUCCGCUUUUCCAAGAACUACGUGACCGGUCUACGAGGUUCACCGAAGAACACCACGAUCAGGAGACUGUUGUCUUAUUAGCUUGCGAAGUCGUAUUGUUCGAGCACUUGUUAUGGACUCUCAAAAACAGUUCAUCUGAUCACGGUGAUGAUGAUGAUCACGAAAGAGGAUCCGUCGAAGAGUUGGCUGAGUUCUAUACUUAUUGACGGCGCAAUACAUUUUCUUAUAAUAUAUACUUUAUUUUGUU